GGAAGAAAAUUUUGUCUGAAGAAACGGUUGAUUCUUCAUAUACUCUGUUGUGUAUUUAAAGGUGCCAUUACUCAUCACAGUUGUCCUUAAACUCACUUUACCCGAGAGAGAAUACAAAGAGUGAUCCAGUUUUUGUUCUUCUUUAGCUGGUCAUUUUUCAAGAAGUUGCAGUGGUUUUCAGACAUGAUCAAGAAACAUAAUCUCUUGAUUUUUUUCUGCCUUGAAGCCAUGAAAUGCUAUUGGGCUGAUGCAGUAAGGUUCGUGCCUGUUCAAGAGAAAGCUGAUAUAACAAACUAUCAACCAGUUCUAACACCGCCAGAAGGCAACACAACGUUCCUUGAUGGAACAAGCUGGUGUGUUGCGCGGCCUGGGGUCUCUCAAGGAGAUCUGCAGGAUGCAUUAGACUGGGCUUGUGGCAUGGGAAAGACUAAUUGUGGUCCGAUUAAAUCAGGGGGUCCAUGUUUUGAACCCAAUACACUUUUGUCCCAUGCCUCUUUUGCUUUUAACAGCUAUUACCAACAAAAUGGAAAUUCUGAUAUCGCCUGCAAUUUUGGAGGGACAGCCACCUUAACUCAGAGAAACCCGAGUUACGGAAAAUGUUCUUACUCUACAUCGGAAUCUUUACGUGCUUCGGCAUCUGCAUUGUCAAGAUACAAACAGAGGUUUAGGCGAUGGAAGCUAUCUGGGAUUCUGCUACUUCUGUACUUGGGUUGCUGAUCUAUGACACAUUCUGUUAUACAUUUUGCAUUGGUCCUGACAUGUUUCCUUGUCAAGCAAUAUAAGUUACAAGUGGAGGAUUAAAUUUUGUUAAAAUUAUUUAGGAACAUGGGGGAUGAUGUCAAGGAGUUUUAGCACUUGUUCAAACGAUUCUUGGCUUUUCUCUCAG